AUGUGUCUCGUCGGGUUCCUCUAUCGUAAAGGUAAACAAGCCAGGAUGAAAUCUAAAUACCCUGAAUCGUCUCAGUAUCCUCAGGGAGUACAAGGAUCUCGACCAGAUUCUAAUCGACAAGGUGGUGUCAAUAUGGAUAAUGGCGUUAUUCGUGAUGUUGGUCCUGGACAGAGUCAAAACGUAGCUUGUGACGCUUGUAAACUUCGUAGAGUCAAAUGUGAUUUACUCUAUCUUCUCACUCCACCUAGUGUGGAAGAUGAGAAUUUAAUACCUCCUCUACAUGAAUUGGUCAGACAAAACCCAGAUACUUGUUGUACGAACUGUAAGAAUAAAGGGUUGAGAUGUACCACAAACCACAUUCUGAACCCUAGUAGGCCGAAUAAAAGUGGGAGGAGGAUAGAUGAGGCAAGGGAGGUUUUUGGGGGUGGAACGGGGAGUGGGAUGGAUACGGGUAUGGGGGAUAUGAAGAUUAUGAGUGACAGUGUUGGAGAAAUGGAUAAUAGCGUACGAAACGUGGAUGGAUUGAUCACUGGAAUGACAGAUGUGGGUGGAAUGAAUGAGGGAAUGAGAGAUUUAGGUGUUGAUGAACUCGGAGUGAGUGAUAACGAUGGAAGAGAUAUGAGAAUAGGAGAGAUGAUUGAUUGGUCGGAAGGGGGUGAUAAUGGUGUACCUACCAUCAUGCUGGAUAAUUUCAACACAUUUCAUCCUCUCUCUUUUGAUACGUCAAACUCUUUACAACCUCAAUCAUUACCUGGCCCUUCUCGUCAAUCAUGGAUCUCUCAACCUCUCAACGACGUUUAUCUGGACGAAUUAGAAGGUCUCAUGAUGAAUAUAACUCAACCUACUUCCCAAUCUACCUCCACUUCCUCUGAAUCCCCUCCCGAAAACGUUGGACAAUCUUAUCUCGAUCCAAACCAACUUACGAGUAAUCAUAUUCAACAUGUACCCAACUCUUUUCAAUCGACAACAAUACCCACGCAACAUGUCUCGUCAUCGACCUUUGACUCAUGGCAAGAUUUCCUCAAAAGUCCAAACAGUCCUUCAAAUAUUCCUUCCUCACAACUCGCUUCACACACUUCCGCAUCAUCUGCCAUACCCCUCCCACCUGGUUUGGGAAGAUUUAGCGUACAACGAGACCAAUUUGUGAAAGAUGGUGAAUCUUCUCAUGUUCAAAUUCACCAAGAACCCGUUCGAGUCAUGCCUGUUCAAGGGUCAUGGUGGCGAGACGUGGAUAGAUAUACGGAAAAUACGAACACGAAUCAAUUGGUAGCUCGAAAACGAGGUCGAUGGGAGUCAGAAACUAUGGACGGUGAGAUGAUAGAGGAUGAAUGGAAGUUAUGGGCAGAAGAUCAAAAAUCGUUAAGAUGGGGAAGGAAAGAAAACGUUCAAGAAGCAUUAGCAGAUCGAACAUUGGGACUUGCUCUCAGUAGACAUCUCGUCAAGAUUUUAAGUCCUGAAUCGUUCUACCUACAAUGGGAAAAGGCAGGACAGAGAUCGGAUAAUAUGUCUCCCGCCCAAGAGGCUUUGUGUGCUGUCAUCGAAGCUUGGGCAGCGAGAUAUUCAGAUUCUCCAGUGAUUCUAGGUAUGGAUCCUAAAAAGGCCAAAGAUGCUCCUAAAGUCAUAACGUCAGACGGUAGAUUCCUACCCGGCACACAAGCCCGGGCUCAUUGGGGUCGAGCACGAUUAGGAGCCUGUAACGCCCUCGCUUCAAGAGCGCGUAAUCUUAUCAGUUCUAACGGUCUUCUCUUCACUCCCAGUCUUACAGGUGUACAAGCAGUCACUAUGUUUAUUCAACUCAUGAACCUUACCGAUCAAAAAGAUAGGGCGGAGGAACAAUACAUGCAGAACUCGGUACUUCAAGCCGCCGUCGUUGAACAGAUGCGAGUUUUAGGGUUGAUGUGGGAUUCUCCCAUACCUAUCGUGCAGGAUAAAGAAGAAAUGCCCCUAUCUUCCCCUCAUCUCAAAAUCAUGCAGAGGAGAAUCUUCUGGUCUCAGGUGGUAGCGGAUGCUUAUUGGGCUGCGGGAACUGGUCAAUCGCCAAAGAUUGGUGAUGAAGAACUUUCAGUCGCUGGUCAAUGGUUAGAAGCUGUUCAAGAGGAUACUUUAUCUCCCACUUUCCGAAUGCUCGUUUUUGGUAUCCAACAGUAUUAUAAUUGUGCCCUCAUAGCUAGAAAAAUGGCAAGUGCAAUUACUAGUCGAAGAAAACAUAAAGGUGCUAUCGAUGUGGUUGAAUUUUGUCAAACAGUCCGCAAUUGCUGGGAACAAUUGCAAGGAGUUGCUAAGGCCGUUUUGGAGUCGAAGGAAUUGAUGGAUGCGUGUGAUCAACGACUCUUAGGAUUUUCUCCUGUCAACUCUCUUGCGAACAUCCGAUUAUCCGUUCCUCUACUCAUGCUCGUACUGCAUCAACAAAUACGCGAAGUCGCAGAGUUUCACGCACAACUCCGAAACCCUUUUCCGGUAGAAGAAGUGGGGAGCGCUUCCCCAGAGAAUCGGAAUGAAAGUUAUGUGAUGCUUAAAGAGUUGGAGACGCAGAGUGUUGAUGUGUUGCUUCAUUCAUGUAGAGCUCAUGUGGAUAUGUUCCAAGCUCUUCUUCCUACCGGUAUAAUCCAAACUGCAAGUGUCAUGUUACGAGUUUUAGUUGCCACUGGACAGUUUUUGGCAGAGGUACCGACCAACGAACAGGGUUAUCCUUCGGACACACUAGGUGGAUGCGGUUGGACGUGGGAGACUAAGAAGAAAGAAGUUGGAUGUUGUGUGGAUGCUUUAUAUCAGAUUGGAUGGGCAUGGUCAGAUAUAGCCGAAGCUCUCGAUACCAUCCUCGUCUCCAUGGAACGUUUACAACCUUCCCCUUCCGUCCUCUCUGCAUAUCACGACAACCCUCCUCCUCCUUCGGUGGAAAUGGAAAAACGUCGAGCGGUGGAAACAAUACAAUCUCAAGGUAUAAUUCAAUCAGCUUUACGUUAUUGGCCACCUCCUUCCAUUCCAAAUCUUCUCGAAGCAGCUUUAAGUCAAAACUCUCAUCUUGAAAAUCCCGAUAAUCCAGAUCUUUUCACUUCUUUGAAAACACAUUUAUCUUCCACCUCCAAUAACAAUAACAAUUAUCUAAGCUCUAGCUCUCGUUUAAAUCUUGAUAUUCAUAUGAACCCCAUUUCGACCAACGAACUCAACAACCCCACUGGGAAAUUAGACAUGACUGAAAAAGUUGGGACUUGGGUAGUUUCGAGUGGAAGUAGUAUAUUCGAUAAUAAUGCCGUUCCAAUUAAUUACGUUUCUUCUAAAUUACGUACCGAUGGUAAAAGAGGAAAGGCACAUGGUUUCGAUAGAAGUGUUUCUGUUUCGGAUCGGGGAAGAGGUUUAGGACCUGGAAAUGAUUCUUUUGGAUCGGGAAGAUAUACGAAUGAUCUCUUGUUUGAUCAUCAUAAUUCUACAGGUGUUGGGAUGGGUGAAGAAGAGGAUGUUGGGGCGGCAGGUGCUUUCGCUUUUCCUUUGAUGGAUAUUGGGGAAGUACCGGAUUUGAAUGAUUUGGAAAGUUUGUUAAGAAGUUUGGAUCAAUCAAUGUGAUUUGUUGGAAUAUCAGUGUUAUCGUUGAAAUUAGCAAUUUGAUACUAGGAUAAUCAGUGUGUUAUGCUCAUCGACUUCAGUGAGGUAGGUGAGCUAUUGUUCAAGGUGUCGUUGAGGAUGAAAGGUGGGGAUACGGUGUGUUAUUGUAUCCAGUAUAACUGUGAUAGAAAUUCUUGUCAUUCAGAAAAGACAUCAUUCCCAAUAUCAUUUGUUUCCCAAUCAACGUCAUUUUGGGUCUGUACCAAAAUAGAUGUCAGAAAUUUUCCUUGUAUCCAUUUGUGAUGUAUUUGUACGACUUAGAAUGAAAUAUGAAAGAUAUAAAUUAC